CUCUGCUGUGUAAAUCCAAACUCGAUCAGUAUAUGCGUAUAUGCUAAGCUCCAUUCUUAUUCAUAUUUCAUACUCCGUACCAAUCUUUAAUUACAGUGAGUGAGUGUAUAGUGUGUAUACACGGAUACCCAAAUUAAGAAGAUGAAAGAAGCAACGGAGCUAGUCUUCAUUCCGAUGCCUAUUAUGGGUCACAUAGUAUCAGCUGUCGAAAUGGCAAAGCGCGUUUUGAGCAAGCAAAACGGCGGCGGCGGAGAGGAAGAGGUUAAUCUUAUCAUCACCGUCCUCAUAUUGAAGCAACAGUCGUCUCUCGAUGCUCAAACCAGCAAUUACAUUCAAUCCCAAACGACUACUGCGACCGAUGAUGAUGAGUAUUCCGGCAGCCAGAGAUUGAAGUUUGUGACUCUCACGCUACCGCCGCAGGCCGCCGCGACGGCAGCAAAGAUGUACUUCGACUCCUUCAUACCUCAAGUCAGAGACUGGGUUUCCGGGACCCGUUCCUCCGGCGACCUCAGAAGACUCGUCUUCGUCGUUGACCUUUUGUGUACGGGGACGGUCGACGUGGCGAAUGAAUUUGGCAUACCCGCCUACGUCUUCUUCUCCUCCGGUGCGGCGGCGCUGGGGCUCAUUUUCUUCCUCCAGAGCAUCAAAGAUCGAAAUCUGAAUGACCCGUUCCUGAAUAUCCCCACUUACGCAUACCCGUUUCCUGCCCGGUGCCUGCCGCCUCCUGUUCUGGAUAAGAACUCCUUGGAGACUUUCCUCGGCAUCUCCGAACGGGUCAGAGGGACCAAAGGGGUCCUGGUCAACACGUUCCUUGAACUGGAACCACAAGCGGUCAAGACCCUGAGUGACGAACCAGGCUGGCCGCCCAUCUACCCCAUCGGCCCGCUCCUAAAUCUGCAGCCGCCGGAAGGCCCGGAAGCAGGGGAGGAGGAGGAAUCUCGCCGCCAGAUCAUGAAAUGGCUCGACAGGCAGGAAGACGGCUCGGUGGUGUUCCUGUGCUUCGGAAGCCAGGCUCGUUUCACCGCUGACCAUGAGGAGCAGGUGAAGGAGAUCGCCGCCGGUUUAGAGCGUAGCGGGCAGAGGUUCCUGUGGGCCUUCCGGUCAGCGGGCGAUGAUGACCGGCGGGGAACUCUGCUCCUUCCCGGAGGAUUCUUGGAGAGGACGGGAGCGGCGGGGGUGGGGAUGGUCGUCAAUGGGUGGGCUCCCCAGACCGCCAUACUGGCCCACCGAGCGGUGGGAGGCUUCGUUUCGCACUGCGGGUGGAACUCGACUCUGGAGAGCCUCUGGUUCGGAAAGCCGGUGGCGACUUGGCCGAUGCAGGCGGCGGAGCAAGAAGCCAAUGCCUUCCAAUUAGUGAAGGAGAUAGGCGUGGGAGUAGAGAUUAAGCUGAGUACAGAUGUUACGGGGGCAGAGGAGAUUGGAAGGGGGAUCAAGCAGCUUAUGGAUCCUCUCAAUCCGGUACGGUUCAAGGCCAAGGAAUUGGGUGAAAAGAGCAGACUCGCACUUGCCGAGGGCGGCUCAUCCUCCACAUCCCUAGCCCGGUUUGUUGAAGAUGCCAUCAAUACAAAUUAAAGGGCGAGAUUUGCCACACUUCUUGUCAUGUUUUUAUUUACCUAGUAGUAUUAAAUAACAAUAAUUAUUGUACUAUCUUCGUUCCGAAAAGGUUCGUCAAUUUUGACUUUCACGUGUAUUAAUAAAGUAAAAACUGUGUGGUUGAAAUUUGUGAAGAUGAAGGAGAAAUAACUUUGACCACAUAUUCCUCACUUUAAAUAGAAAUGAC